UCUAUAGACGGCUCGCCUGGGUUGGUGUGGUGCUUUUCUAUAUUCUAGAUAUUCUAGACAGGAUAAAGAUACUCAUGGCAACUUACAGUUUGGCAAAUGAAAGACUGCGUAUCCUAGAGGAGAUUGAGAGAGAAAUUGCUUCCAUCUUAUUAAAUGCAGGAAAUGUUGUAUUGGAGCUCUCUAAGGAGAAACCAAAUGAACGCCUCUUAGACAGACAUGCUGUUCAGUUCACCACCUCCAUGCAGAAGGUUGAAUCUGAACUAUCAGCACAAAUACGUUAUCUUACACAGGUAGCCACUGGACAGCCCCAUGAAGGUUCAAGUUACAGUGCACGCAAGGAUGGAACAAUGGCACUAAACAGAAUUGACUAUGCUCGAGUGAAGCUAGCUGAGUUGUGUAGAACGUGCGAACAAAUUCUUGAGCAGUCCUGACCUUCAUUAAGAAAUCAAAUACAAUAUUAAUAAAUGUAUUUCUAACUGCAUUAGAAAGAUAUGAAACAAAUGGCAGGAUUCACAGUCUCUGCCGAUGGCUUACAGUAAAUCUAAGAUCAGUGGUUGCAUAUAAUGUGAUUGUACAGCAAUACAAAAAUGUUUGAGGCAAAGGAAAAUACUUUUUUUACUAUUUUGAUUCUAUGAAUUUCACCUCCGUUUUUUUUGUUUUGGCUUUAGCCAUUGUUUUUUAUUUUUAAUCUGAAGACGUGCAAGUUACAAAU